UUCCUAACAGAUAUAAAUACCGUUCCCCACUCGGUGCCUCUCGGUCUACUUUAUUAAAGGUCAAGCUGUCGAUAACAAAAAAUAAUGUAUCUAGAAAUUAAUUAAAAGUACGAUUUAUUAGCGGAUUUAAUUUCAGUAACUGAGGAAUGGAUUCCUCGGCUAUAAACAAGAAGAAGGAGAAGAUGAUGGUGGCAGCCAUAGAUUUUGGUACAACUUUCAGCGGUUAUGCCUCUUCCUUUAAAGAUGAAUAUAACAAGGACCCCACUAAAAUUUUAGUGCAUACGUGGAAUGCAGGAUCAAUGUCACUGAUUUCUCUUAAAGCACCUACAGCGGUCCUUUUCGACGAGAGGCAGCAAUUUCAUAGUUUUGGGUAUGAUGCUGAAAAUGAGUAUAAAGAACUUGCUGCGGAUAAAGAACACCAUAACUGGUAUUUCUUCAAACAAUUCAAAAUGAGACUCUAUGAAAAGAAGAAGAUAUCUCGAGAAAUGGAAUUAGAAGACAGCACCCACAAGAAAAUGAAGGCGAAGAAAGUGUUUGGCGCUGUGAUUAAAUACUUGAAAGAUCAUCUGUUGGAAAAGCUCGAGUCCAGUGGAACAAAAGUAGAAAAUAACGACAUACACUGGGUGUUAACAGUGCCUGCAAUAUGGCCGGAUUCGGCGAAACAGUUUAUGAGAGAAGCAGCUUAUGAGGCUAAGAUUGAUGGAGGUCAGUUGUCCAUAGCGCUUGAACCAGAAGCCGCAUCGCUUUACUGUCAAACAAUUCCUACCGACAUGAUUAUUGGGUCGGAUGGAGCGAAAUUUCAAGUGGCCAGCCCUGGAACUAAAUACAUGGUUAUUGACUUAGGGGGUGGAACAGCCGAUAUUACAGUACAUGAGAAGCAAGUAGAUGGUGGUCUGAAAGAAGUACAUAAAGCAAGCGGAGGCGCAUGGGGAGGAACUAAAGUUGAUGAAGAGUUCAAGCAACUGUUAAUACGCAUCAUCGGUGCCCCGGUCUAUCAAACAUUUUGCGACGAAAAUACCGAAGAUAUGCUAGAUUUACAGCGUGAACUGGAAACAAAAAAGAGAUCGCCUUUAUCAAAAACUGCCAGAAAGGUUACAAUCAAAGUCCCUGUAAAAAUCGCUGAGACCUAUAAAAAGGAGACGGGAGAAGACAUAAAAGAGGCUAUAGAAGGAUGUCCGAGAUACAACGGUAAAAUGACAUGGGACAAUGAUAAAUUGAGGAUGGAUGUGGCUGUCUAUAAAAAUCUGUUUCAAGGCUGUUGUGACAAAAUAAUAAAUCAUAUAAAAGACUUAAUGAAAAAGCCUGGUGUUAAAGGAACAAAUAUCUUUCUGCUGGUUGGUGGAUUUUCAGAGUCUGAUCUGGUAUCCAACGCUAUAAAGACGGCGUUCCCAGAUGUCAAAGUUAUUUCGCCACGAGAAGCUGGCCUUGCUGUUGUGAAGGGUGCUGUGAUAUUCGGUCAUACACCGGUAACGAUCACCUCGCGUGUGUCUAAAUACACAUACGGUAUUAACAUAUCGCCACCCUUUGAUCCCCACAUUCAUCCGGAUGAUCACCGUGUGUCUGUUGGUGGCAUUGAUCGUUGCAGAGAUAUAUUCAAGAAGUACAUCCACGAAGGAGAGACGAUACCUGUGGGUGAAGCUCGAACCGGGAAGCACGUAACACUAAAGUCUAACCAGAGGGAAAUGCUUUUAAAAGUUUUUGCUUCUACAAAACGAGAUCCAGUGUUUGUCGACGAGGAGGAUACGGAGUGCCUCGGCAAUGUUGUUGUAAAGCUUCCUGACAGCACCGACAAGAUAAGAGUCGAAGUCAAAAUGAUGUUUGGAGAAACAGAACUCAAAGUUGAAGCUAAAGAGUUGCUUGAAAAUUCUACAUUCGAGUCUUAUUUCGACUUCCUUUAAAACGAAUGAAAUAGUUUCUGUUUCUUUUGAGCUGAACAUGGCAAUAACAACUGAAAUAUGUUAACGUUUCGUACAAUAUCACAAGGAACACGUUGAUUUUAUCCAUGUGAGAAGAGUUAAACAUGAUCUAAAUUCACGGAUGAAGAAUAAAGGCUGAAUAUACAAGGCUACAUAUCAUUUAUUUAAUUUAGUUUAAAAUGAUAAAACUGGUAUUUUAUUUCUUAAAUUAACAAAUCUUAUUAUCACCUUCAUUCCUUCAAAGUGACUUGCUCAUAUCAGUUUGUCUGUCCGUUUUGCUUUUGUUUCUGAUCAACAACUAUACAACACUUGGGUCAGUAUUUGUCAAACUUCAGUGAAGCAUUACUUAUGACCAGUAGUUGGCCUGUUAUGCUUUGGGAUCAAAAGUCAAGGACAAAGUGAUCUUGAGGAGAGUGAUUCAACUCAAGUAAUUAAACUCCAUAGCAUUAUUGUUGUGUCACUAAAUUACUUAAAUUACCUAAAUGACCCUUUAUUGCUUUGGGUGUCAGUAGAUCAGACGUCAAGGUCACAGUAACGGUUUGGUCUACAGAAGUCAAACUUCAUAGGAUGAUUGUUAGUGGUCAUUAGAUGACAUCUGAUGUUCGGAGUCGGUAGGUCAAAAUACAAGGUUACAUUGACUGGGAGAAAAAAACAACAAAAGUUAACGGUCAUUAACUGGAUAAAACUUGGGCCUACGGUGAUAAAACCCCAUUAUGGGAUGAUUGCCUAUGUGCAGUUUGGAGCUACUGCUGUUGAACUUUACAAGAUAUACAUAUGAUCAGUAGAUACAACCCUAAAUUUUUGGUGUUCAGUAGGUCUGCUGCCGAGGGCACAGAGGCCUUGAGACUAAAAUGACUAGUAAAUAUUUGAUUUUAUGGUCGUCGAACAGUUGACGACACAAUGUUUUUGGUGUAAUUAGGUCAAAGGUCAAUGUUACAGCAUAUUUCACUCUUAAAGGUACGCACAUAGUUACAACCAAGAGGCCUUGUGGAUGACAUAUGUGUUUUACAAACAUCUCUUGUUAUUUGUUGAUAUGCAUACAUUCACAAUGUCCACUACACUCCAUCACACUGUUCCUACUAAAGGGCAUGUGACAGGUAAAAACGGUCAAAUUCAUGUUUCAGUGUUAUCUAACUUGAGUGUCGUACAAAAAAAAUCUGUUUUUGAUUUUCACUGUGUGACUGAUGCAUGUUUUUAGCCCACCAUCAUCAGAUGGUGGGCUAUUCAAAUCACUCUGCGUCCGUGGUCUGUCGUCCUUCGUCAUUCGGUUAACAAUUUCUUGUUAUCGCAUCUCCUCAAAAACUACUGGGGGGAUUUUGACCAAACUUUGUCAGAAUGAUGUAUUGAUUCCCUCGUUGUGUCCGUCUGAAAAUCAGACUGAUUCAACAAUUUUUGAGUGAGUUAUGGCCCUUCGUUUAUUUUUAUAAUUUACAUAGAUUUAUAUAGGGAAAAACUUUGAAAAUCUUCUUGUCCAAAACCACAGGGCCUAGGGCUUUGAUAUUUGGUAUGUAGCAUCAUCUAGUGGUCCGCUACCAAGGGUGUCCAAAUUAUUUCCAUAGGGUCAAAUAUGGCCCCGCUCUUGGGGGUCACAUGGUUUAUAUUGACUUGUAUAGGGAAAACCUUUGAAAAUCUUCUUGUCCAAAAGCCACUGGGCCUAGGGCUUUGAUAUUUUGUAUGUGACAUCAUCUAGUGGUCCUCUACUAAGGUCGUUCAAAUUAUUCCCCUAGGGUCAAAUAUGGCCUCGCCCUAGGGGUCAUUUGGUGUACAUAGACGUAUAUAGGGAAAAACUUCGAAAAUGUUCUUGUCCAAAACCACAAAGCCUAGGGCUUUGAUAUUAGUGUAAUGAAACGUCCAUUCGUAAAAUAUCAAUAACAUAUGAUUUUAUGUUUUUAGCUCACCGUCAGGUAGAGCUUUUUUGAUCGCAUUUUGUUCAUUGUCCGUCCAUCCGUCGUCCGUUCACAAUUUCUUGUGAACACGAUAGAGACCACAUUUUGCAAUUAAUUUUAAUCAAACUUGCACACACCUUAAAUUGGCAUAAUAUCUGGGUUCUUUUCGAAAACUGGCCAGAUCCCGUUAUGAGUUCCAUAGUUAUGGCCCUUUAAAGGGCCGAACUUUGCUAGUUUGGGAUUGAGAACACGAUAGAGACCAAAUUUUGCAAUCAGUUGCACACAACUUGUAUUGGCAUAAUAUCUGAGUUCCUUUCGAAAACUGGUCAUAUUCCGAUAUGGAUUCCAUAGGUAUGGCCCCAUAAAGGGCCAAAAUUUGCUAUUCUUGGCAUGUGACAGAGACCACUUUUUAUAAUCAACUUUAAUCAAACUUGCAUACAACUUGUACUGGCAUAAUAUCUCGGUUCCUUUUGAAACCUGGCCAAAUCCCCAUCACGGGUUCCAGAGUAAUGGCCCCUUAAAGGGCCAAAAUUUGCUGUUUUGGCAUUUGCAGCCAUAUAGAGACUUCAUUUAUGCUUUGAUUUGAUACAAACUUGCAAACUAUCUUUAACAACAGUAACUCUUGAAUUCCAUGAUGAACCUGUUGGAUCCAUUCAUAGGUUCCUGAGUUACGGCCCCUGACUGUCCCCUGAAAGAGCCAAAAUUUGUUAAUUUUCACCUUGUGAAUACGAUAGAAGUGACAUUUUAUAUUUGAGUUUAACCAAACUUACACAUAACUUCCUAAUAAGUUCUCGGUUCCUAUCGAAAACCAGCUAAAUUACAUCAUGAGUUCUAGAGUUACUGUCCCUGAAAGGGGCAUAAUGUUUCUAUUUUGAUCAUUUUAGCCAUAUAGAGGUUUCAUUUAUACUUUGAUUUGAUACAAUAACUUACAUAGAAUGAUUAUCUUGAUGAUCUCUAGGCCUGGAUCGAAACUGGGUUAUGUCGGGUUUAAAACUGAUAUCAGGUCAAAUCAAAGAGGAAGCUUGUUAACAAUCUAGAGGCCACAUUUAUGAAUCUAUCUUCAUGAAACUUGGUCAGAAUGUUUAUCUUGAUGGUUUCUAUGCCAUCAUAUGGGGUCCAAAACUAGGUCAUCCGGUCAAAUCAAAGGAAAAGCUUGUUAACAAUCUUGUUCAUUUGAUGUGCUUGAAACUUGGUCAUAAUGUUUGUCUGCAUGAAAUAUCGUAUGAAUUUUUAGGCCAAGUUCAAAACUGGAUCAUAUGGGAUCAAAAACUAGGUCACUUGGUCAAAUCAAAGUAAAAAACAGUCUUGAUGCCACAUUUAUGACCCUCUCUUCAUGAAUUUUUAUCUUGGUCAUGUGGGGUCAAAAACUAGGUCACCUGGUCAAUCAAAGAAUAAGCUUGUUUACACCCUAAGGGUCACAUUUUUUAUUCUAUCUUCAUAAAAUGUGAUCAGAAUAUUUGUUAUCAAGAAGUCUUGGAUGUUUUCAAGUCUGGGUAAUGUUGGAUCAAAAACUAGGUCACUAGGUCAAAUUAUAGGAAAAGAUUGUAUACACUCUAGAGGCCACUUUUUGCUCCAAUCUUCCCGAAACUUUGUCAGAAUGUUUGUUUUUAAGAAGUCUUGCAAAAGUUCGAAUGUGGGAUAAAAAGCUAGGUCACUAGGUCAAAUCAAAGAAAAUGCUUGUUUACACUCUAGAGGCCAUGAUUUUUUAUCCGAUCUUAAUGAAAGUUGGUCAGAAUAUUUGUCUCCAUGAAAUCACUAGGUAAAGCAAGUUUACACAGUUAUGGUGUGUUACUCAGGUGAGCGACCUAAAGCCAUCUUGGCCCUCUUGUUAUAUAACUUUGACAUAUAUCGUUGAUUUACAGAAAAAUGACUAGAAAUCAGUGCCAUACUAGAUUUUAUUUUAAAAACAUAAAAGUAAUAAUUGCCAGUAACGCAAGUGAUGAAUGAGAAAUCAGAAACGAUGUUGAAUAGGAUUUACUUAAAGCUAGAAUCACACUGUCCUGAAUUGGCUUGCGGAUGAGUUCCGAAUUCCCAUCCCCGGAUUGCUACGAAUGUGCUCGUAUCUCCUACUUUUUGACCAAGGUGACUGUCUUCCGGACUAUUACAAUCUUUUAAAAUCUAUUACAAUCUUUUCAGAACUGUUCCGGAUUUACUAAGGAUUCCUUACGGAUAUAUUAUCCGUGGCAAAAUUUUGAUCAUGUUCAAAACUUUGCACCCUUGCCCCCGGGUGCCUCCGAUUUCUGAACGGAUACACCGGAUGACUUACGAAUGAGUUAGGAGUUAUACGGAUGCGUUACUGAUGCUAUCUGGAACCCAUCCGCAAGCCCAUCCGAGGCAGUGUGAAUCUAGCUUGAUAAAAAUGCGCUUAUAUUCUUACACGACCCGUCUUAUUGAACAACACUUUCACUGUCUGUACGUUACAGUUAUGACGUCAUAGCGUCAAACGUGAAAUAGCAGUGCGCUGGUAAAAACACCGCACAAAACAGGAAAAUAAAUUAUGAAUAUCUUCAAAGAUACAGAUAGUUAUAUAAUCCUUGAUAACGUGUCAGAUCUCAUACAAUUAUUUGCUCUAGAAAAAAAUCGUUGUUUGGAACUCCAAAGAGUGAUUUUAUUUAUGAUAAAUCACUGUCUUGAGUAUAUUUAAGAAAUACUAUGUUGCAGAAACAUGUUUAACAUAUCUAAACAAUACGAUGAGGUUAUGCGCUUGCGGAAUAAUUGACCGAUUAGUAUUGUUUCGAUAUGUUAAAACAUGGUUCUGCUAUAUAUCAUUUCAAUUCUAAUAUAUAUUUUAUGUAAACAAGUAGAUGAAAUAUAGCACUAUUUCAUGGCGCAUGUAUGUCGCCAUAUGGUAGGUCGACGUGACGUCAAUGCUUUUAAAAUAGUUAACUUAUGAGUGCAUAGACGUCUAGUGACUUAUUAAACGUGCCUAAUAAUAGAUACAGUAUCAUUUCGGUUCUUAAACGUCUUUAGCCCACCGUCAUCAGAUGGUGGGCUAUUCAAAUCACUCUGCGUCCGUGGUCCUUUCGUCCCUCCGUCCGUCCGUCCUUCCGUUAACAAUUUCUCGUUAUCGCAUCUCCUCAGAAACUACUGGGGGAUUUUAACCAAACUUUGUCAGAAUGAUGUAUUUGUACCCUAGAUGUGUCCCCAUGAAAAUCAGACUGGUUCAACAAUUUUUGGGUGAGUUAUGGCCCUUUGUUUAUUUUUAUAAUUUACAUUUUGUUUUUGUUCGGGUUUAACGUCUUUUUCAACAAUUUUUCAGUCAUAUAAACGACGGUGUCUACUUGUAGCAGUGAGCACAAUGCCCAACUUUAUAGUUCUGCCUCACUGGAAUAUCACGCCGUAGACACGUGACAUGAUACCCCACCCAGUCACAUUAUACUGACACAGGGUUGACCAGUCCUAGCACUACCCUCUUAAUGCUGAGCGCCAAGCGAGGAAGCUACUAGUACCAUUUUUACGUCUUUGGUAUGACGCGGCUGGGGAUCGAACCCACGACCUCCCUCACUCGAAGCGGACGCUCUACCACUAGGCUACCGAGGCGGUUAAAAAUAAUUAACAUAGAUUUAUAUAGGGAAAAACCUUGUAAAUCUUCUUGUCCAAAACCACAGGGCCUAUGGCUUUGGCAUUUGGUAUGUAGCGUCAUCUAGUGGUCCUCUACCAAGAUUGUUCAAAUUAUUUCCCUGGGGUCAAAUAUGGCCCCGCCCCGGGGGUCACAAGGUUUAUAUAGACUUAUAUAGGGAGAAAAAUGAAAAACCUCUUGUCCGAAAUCACAGGGCCUAGGGCUUUGAUAUUUUGUAUGUGAGAUCAUCUUGUGGUCCUCUACUAAGAUUGUUCAAUUUAUUCCCCUAGGGUCAAAUAUGGCCCUGCCCUAGGGAUCACAUGGUUUACGUAGACUAAUAUAGGGAAAAACUUUGAAAAUCUUCUUGUCCAAACCACUAAGCCCAGGGCUUUGAUAUUUGUAAUGUAGCAUCAUCUAGUGGUUCUCUACCAAGUUUGUUCAAAUUAUCCCCCUAGGGUCAAAUAUGGCCCGCCCAAGGGGUCACAUGGUUCAUAAAGACUUAUAUAGGGAAAAACUUUUAAAAUUUUCUUGUCCAUAACCUACAACAUUCAAAUUUGGACUACAUGUAUAGUUUUGAGUGGCAAAAUGAACCUUGACUUGAUCUUGACCUAGUGACCUACUUUCACAUUUCUGUAGCUACAGCCUUCAAAUUUAGACCACAUGCAUAGGUUUGUGUACCGAAACAAACUGACCUUGACAUUGACCUAGUGACCUACUUUCACACUUUCACAUUUUUGAAGGUACUGGCUUCAAAUUUGAACCACAUGCAUAGUUUUGCGUUCCGAAAUUAAAUUUGACCUUGAUUUUGACCUAGUGACCUACUUCCACAUUUCUCAAGCUACAGCCUUCAAAUUUGAAUCACAUGCAUAGUUUUAUAUACCAAAAUGAACUUUGACCUUAAAAUUGACCUAAUGACCUACUUUCACAUUUCUGAAGCUACAGGCUUCAAAUUUGGACCACAUGCAUAGCUUUGUGUUCUGAAUUGAAAUUUGACAUUGAUUUUUACCUGGUACCUACUUUCACAUUUCUCAAGCUACAGUCUUCAUAUUUGAAGCACAUGCAUAGUUUUGUGUACCAAAAUGAACUUUGACCUUGAAAUUGAUCUAGUGACCUACUUUCACAUUUCUGAAGCUACAGCUUUAAAAUUUGGACCACAUGCAUGGACCACAUGCAGUGUUGUUUACCGAAAUGAAAUUUGACCUUGAGCUAGUCUUGAAAUUUGGAACAUUCAUAAAUGGCUCAUUGGUGGGCCAUAAGAUCACUCUGUGAUCUCUUGUUUAUAUAAAGUUAUAGCGCUCUACUAUGGCAUGGCACGCCAUAUCUGCCUUCUACUUAUAAUGCACAUCACCAUCUGACUUUUCUGUUGCACAUCACCAACUGUCUCAUAGUAAAUGCACAACACGAAAUAUGAAAUGCACAUCACCAGCUGAAUUAUCUACUACACGGAAUGGGAAAUUACGAAAUGUGAAACACACAUCACGAAAUGACAUGACUACAUCACCAUUUAAAAAGUAUAAGUAGAAGGCAGCUAUGGCGUGCCAUACUAUUCCUCGGAUCCAAAUAUACCGUGAUGUCAAAUUUCCUUGUUUUAACGGAAAUGUGUGUGGAGUUUUCACAUUAAAAUUAAGAAAUAAUAUAAAUGAAAAUCGUGAUACACGAAAAGGAAGUUAUACGUCCAAGUGUGUUUUAUCAGAAUCAAUGUGGUUGAAGCUUAAUCAAUAAAAUAUAUAUGCAAGUCAGAUCUAGUAUAUUAGGUGGGUGGGAUAUGAUAAUGCUGAUAUAUAUAUUGAUAGAGCUUCAAGUGCAUAUUGAGCAAGCAUAUCAAAAUAUUUUAUUUACACAACAAAACACCUGUGAUUAUUUUAUUAAAUGCAGUUAUGCUUCUGCUAAGCCUUGAUUAAACAUGCAUGAUACUAUUUGUAAUUUAAAUAUAUUAAUUUAGACACGUUUUCUUAUUUGUUGUUAAUUGUUUAAUGGUUAACCAUUUGAUUUCAAUAAAUAAUAUGUUGUAUGUU